UUUGUAUCGGCGGUCCAAAGCGCGCACCCGUCAGCGGAGCAGAGGAGAGGACAGAAGGCGGCAGAAAGACAAAUAACGCCCAAUUAACCGAUUUUCCUGAAGCCCCGCACACAAAAUACAGCCAGGAUGUCAGAGGAAAAGCCAAAGGAGGGAGUAAAGACCGAGAACGAUCACAUCAACCUAAAGGUUGCAGGGCAAGAUGGGUCGGUGGUCCAGUUCAAAAUCAAAAGACACACACCGCUCAGCAAACUAAUGAAGGCGUACUGUGAACGACAGGGUCUCGCAAUAAGGCAGAUCAGGUUCAGGUUUGAUGGCCAGCCUAUCAAUGAGACGGAUACACCUGCACAGCUGGAGAUGGAAGAUGAAGACACCAUAGAUGUUUUCCAGCAGCAGACAGGCGGGCACUGCUAAGCCCUCACCACCUCAUCGACGGCCACCUUCAGACCACGCCCUCAGCCACCUUCACUGUCCCUCCCCUCCCCAUCGCUCCUCUCAGCCUGUUAUUAUUAUUAUUAUUAAUAUUAUUAUUUCUUCAGUUUAAAGAUGUCUGUCAUGGUUUUCUCGUCAGGUGUGUCGGGGGAGGGGGCUCCUCAGCUGUUUAUGUACUGUCUCAGCCAGGAUUGAACUUUUGUGCGUGUCAACAGUCACUCCGCCGGCCAAUCAGGACAACAUUUCCGUCUGGCACCGCAGGCAGUGAUUGGACCAACAGCGAGUCACAGCUGUUCCUGGUUUGUCAGUGCUUCUCAUUCACUCUCCAGUGAAAGCUUAGUAUCCAGUAGUUUGUCACGGUUUUCAUCCAUCAGGGGUCGAAUGCGAAGGCUCUGCAAGUUUUUGUCCGGGGGUCACAGUCAGUUGGGCAUGAAAAUGUUUUGAAGUGGAAGCACGAUCUGAACUUAAUACACACCCGCCUUCCAUUUCACUUCGCUUUCGUUUUUGUUUGUUUGUUUUUUCUUGUCUGAACAGUGACUCCUGUUCUUCUGUCAAAAAAGGUAUUUUAAUUCUCUCUGCAUUUUAGGUGCUUUUGCUAAAGAGUUCUGCAAUGUUUUUGUAUUUUUUUGAAUUUUUUUUUCUUAAGAAUUAACACCCAGGGGGCUUGUUGAUUUGUUUUUCUGUACAGAAGUAUCAGAGUGGAUGUUAGAUAAAAGUUGUGGGGCUUGGACCAAUACUCCAAAGACCGAACUUCUAUUUCAUAUUUGAUGUACUUGGAUCACUCUAAAACUGCAAGGUCAAAACUGUCACAUUUUAAGGGAGUUUGUAUUUCAUUAAUGUUAUUUGCUUCCUCUUUGACUUCUACUAAUAGAGAGGUUCUCUGUGGGUAUGCGUGGUACAGACUAUUAUUCGCUCAUACAGACAAAUGCCUGUUCGGGGGAGGGAAAUUUAAUUCAUCCUUUGUUGGAGUUGGUUGGGUUCUGGCUGUGUAAGGGUAGUUUGACGUGGAAGAUAUAACUUUUUGUUUUCUUUCCCUAUUUGCGAUAAAGUGGCCAGUGGCCUGUCCCUACGGUGUUCUUACAAGCGGCUCUGCCUGUGGGUUUUACAUUUUGGGGGGUGAACGUAGAGGGUGGGCUGCAGGUGUGGAUAACUGGAAGGUGGUUCCUUAACACUGUUUUGGGAUCAGCUGUCUCAUCUCUGUAUUGUCCUUGCGAGUGUAGGCUGAUGGGACGGCUGAUUCUAGACGUGUGUUGAAUUGGAGCAGCUUCCAGUUUGAGCAAAGAUACCCAACGUGAGUCAGUAUGUUUUUGUUAACACAAUUUGAAGACACUUUUCACCGCUGUGUCAACUGUCGAGCUGUUUUCUCGUGUAUAAAGAGCAGGUCAUUUGUUCAAAAACCCAACUUCAGUGAUGCAAACAGCGGCGGUAUGUUAAGUGGUGAUGAGUGUCUCCAAUAUUUAACAGUUCGGAGAAGGAUGCAUGCAGUUUGUUGCAUAUCGGGAGGGCAGAGAGGCCAACCAAUGGAGUUUGGGAGAUAAGUGUUCUGUACCCACAGGGCCCCGUUCUUCGUACGCAGAAAAACGAGUUGGCUUGAUUUGAUUGUCGAUGGUCUGACACGAGCUUGGAUUUUCAGUUCAGUCUGGAUAAAAAUGCAAGAGUUGUUGGAGCGCGUAGUCCUCGCGCUCAAAACCUGUGAAACUGCAAGCUCAUUCAGAGUGAGUUGGAUCAUGACAACACUUUUCAGUUACCUGAUUUUAAUUUCAUUUUCAGACGAGGCUUUCCUUCCUUAAGAGGCACUAUUGGUUCAUGUUGUUGUAACUGAACAGGGGAGUAGUCAUACAAACAAAAAAUAAAACCAGUGCAUUAAAAA